UAUACAUUGUCUAACCUCAGCAGAUCAGAGCGCCAUCCUCCCGUUAAUCGAACCCAAACACUUACUUGUCUUUCUCCGGCCAUGGCCACCGCCGCGGUCCUCAUCCUGCUCGCAUCGCUCCUCCCGGCGCUAGCCGCCGGAACCGAUAGCAGCUCGUCCGCCUCUGACUACGGCUUGGCCCUCAAGCCUAGUCACAAGUGCGGCGUCGUCCUGCCCGUCGCCGUGGGCACCUACGACAUGGGCACGUACGCUCCGGGCAGCGCGUACGAGGCCACCCUGCGCCAUCUCGUCGCCACCAUUCCCGCCAUGGCGAAUGCGGAAUCCAGCGGCUCCUCUUAUUACAGGGAGUCCUGCCGCGACGGUGCCGGCGCGUGCGGGCGCUCAUACGUCGACGACGCCGGCGAGAGCCCCAAUCGGAUUGUGGCCUCCGGCUACUGCUCAUGGCACCAGGACGUCAAGUCGCCGGACUGCGGCGCUUGCAUCGCGCUGGCCUUCGAGGAGGCGCAGAGGCUGUGCCCGUUCCAGAGGAUGGCUGAGGCCGCGGUUGACGGCGGCGCGUGCAACUGCAGCGCACACUUCCACGACUACGACAUCAUGGAGCAGUUCCAGCACGGCGACCCCAGUAGUGAUCCUCGGUGGAACACACCGGAGCAGGUCGUGGGUGUUGUUGUGGGAAAAGAGGAGAACAUCACGAGAAUGAGAUGGGCAUGCCGAACCUUGGAGACAACAAUCAUGGAGAUCUUAGCUAACCUUGGGUGGAUGUCUAACAAAAGAAUUUGUGCCUAGUUUUCAUUCCAUGCUCAUGAACAAUGUGUGUUCUAUUUGGGCCAUUUAUUGGUUUCUUUAAAUCAGCUGGAGGCUGUAACUAUGUAAUAACCGAAGGUUGAGCCUAUGCAUUAUGGAGAAAACAUUCCCAUUUCUUAAAAAAUCUUGAAGGUAAGAAAAUUGGGAAUUCGGGA